AGUUCAGUUGCUCUGUCCAAGCAACUCCUGUUCUAGCGCUGUCGUUGGCCUUUUGCCUCGUGCUGCUUCUCUGUCCGCCCGCCGUGUCCGGUACAACUGCUACGACUGCACUCCCAUCCUCCCCUCUUCCAUGGCCAUGGCUCCCCUCCUCUUCUUCUUCUUCGUCUCCACCUCCUGACGGCCUCUUAGCCCGGUCGUUUCCUGCUGUGUCCUGCCUCCUGGGUGUCAUUUUUGCCGCAGAGGCAGAGCUCGCAUCUUGCAGCCUCGGUGGAAGAUUGCUUCUUUCCAGCGAUUCGGAGGGGAAUGAGGGAUCUUGUCUGCGUUUCGUGCGCUCUGCGUUCGAGGCUUGCGUAGUUUCAUGGUGGCAUUGCUGGAUCAAGAACUCUCAGGGGCGUGUGCGUCGGAGCUGUCGUGUACUGCGUCCCGAGCGAGCCGCACGCAAGCUGUUUGCGGAAAAGCGUGGGAGGGAGAUGAAGGACUUUUCCUGCUUUGGGGAGAGCAGCGUCCAGAUUGGAGACGCGGCGUCGUCUUCUUCGUCGUCGCUGAGCGCCACUCACGGCGGUAACGGCGGUAGAAAGGGCGCAGGGCAGAACCAGGUUAGCUGCCUCUACCAGGCGCGGCUCUCUGGCCAGGCCUGUGUGAUCUCUGUGACCUGGAGCAAAGGCCUCAGCGUCUCCGUCGACGACGCGUGUGGAAAGUGCCUUUGCAAGGCCGACGCCAAGCCGUGGCUCUUCUCCAAGAAGAAGGGGUCCAAGAGCCUCGCUGCGGGCGAUGGCAAGAUUGGAAUAUUCUGGGACCUGUCCGGUGCCAAGUUCGGCCCUGGGCCAGAGCCACUGGAAGGGUUCUAUGUCGCCGUCAUGUUCAACCGUGAGAUGGUUCUUUUGCUCGGUGACAUGAAGAAGGACGCUUACAGGAAGAUGGGUGGUGCCGUCAGGCCUGCGCUCAGUACAUUGUUCUUGGCAAGGAAGGAGCACAUUCAUGGCAAAAAGCUUUACUGUGCCAAGGCUCAGUUCUGUGACAAUGGCCGGUGCCAUGACAUUGUCAUAGAGUGUGAUUCCAUUGGGCUUAAGGACCCUUGCCUUGAAAUCCGCAUCGAUAAGAAGCCGGUCAUGCAGGUGAAGCGGCUGGCAUGGAAGUUUCGAGGGAACCAGACGAUUAUCGUGGAUGGGUUACCUGUGGAGGUAUUUUGGGAUGUCCAUAGUUGGCUCUUCAGCUCGACAACCAGCAAUGCAGUGUUCAUGUUCCAGACAUGCCCAGAUCCUGACAUGUCCAUGCCCUGGAAUCCCUGGAUGUACUCGCAUAUUUUUAGGGAGUCUCAGUUGCAAGGUCUUAGUUUCUCCUUGAUCCUAUAUGCAUGGAAGAUUGAGUAGGUGUGUGCAGGAUCAAAUUGACUGACAUGUGUAGCAAGAUGAUUUGCUCAGUGAGUGAGUGAUUUGUUCAGUUGAAUCCGAGUGAGGCCUUAUUUGUGUUUCCAUUUUCACUUCUCUUGCUUUGCCAACUGUAAACUUUCUCAGAUAUUUAUCAAGAUCAUGUGAUUUUUAAUUAUUA